UGUUUUCACUCAAGCUUCUGCAUAACGAUUUAAUAGCUUAACGUCUUCUGUACUGAAAUGGGCACAUCUGGUCCUAACAUCUGAAUCUGACACAGUGCAGGUAGAGGGCAACAAACGGCUUGCCAGGCCGCUUUUAUUUACAAGGAGACACAACAUAACACUCUCUCCACUAUCUAUCACGAGGAUUGUGGGGACCAUUUUCUUUUUUUUUUUUACAUUCACAAUUCAUUUGACGGAUGUAGCUCCCAGUUGAUGUUAACUUUGUACCAUUUUAGGGGGGGGGGUGUAUAGUUCCCCCUAAUGUUGACAGAGGUGAGUUCUUCCCCAUAUGAAUAAAUCCCCACAUGAACAUACGGAGAGCAGUGUUUGCGUUGGAACGGCUCGGUGUCGGCGCUCAGCAGAAGGCCCGGGACAAGCGCGGCUCUCCGUCGGAGGCUCCAGGCUAAAGGCUAAAAGCAGCUCAGAGGCUGUAAUCCCCGUAUGAAACCAUCAUGGCUGCCACUCGCUGAGCUGUCAAGCUCUCCACAAAAGAAAAAAAGGUAAAACAACGGGACAACUACGCCGGAGCUUUUACGGUAACAUCGAUACCACCCGAAACCUGAAAAAUAAUAAGAACAACAACAACAACCAAACAAAACAUGGAUUCAGUGGAUAUUUCCACAGCCACCUCUGGGGGAGAUAAUACGCGAGGUGUCAACAAGAGGACUAGAGAUUGGCACAAACGGCCUCACCUCAGGAAAACUGCCGUUGAGCCUCCAAGUAUGCAAUGUGCAGAUAAGCAUGGACCAAAGAAGAUGGCGGGGGAGUGGGAGCAGAGCACAGUGUGGCCUUCGUUGCAGAAGCCCCUCAAGGAAGCGCAGCGGAGUCAGGACGACGACAACGGUGGCGGCAACACACUCAGGUUUGCGUGCUCUCAGUGUCGGGACAACUUGGAGUACGUUCCCAAAGACCUGGUGAGACACUUUGAGGAGAACCAUAGAGGGAGCUCGCCAGUUUUUGCCUGUCACGCGUGCACUUUCAGUACACACGAGUUCUCCUACCUUCAGAUUCAUCUGCUGAGCCACAAGGAUACUUUUUCAAGUUGCAGCAUUUGCCGUGAUGACGUUGCGCGCACGUGGCCGGAGCUCAGCGCACACCUGGCCGCUUGUCACAGCCACAGCGGCAAGUAUUCGUGCGCAAUGUGUCCAAAAUUCUCCACAGGCAUUGCCGCAGUGUUUAUGGAGCACACGUACGCACAUAAUUUGGGCCUGGAGGGAGCUAAGUGUCUUUCGCCUUACACGAAGGGCAAGAAUUUUGGGCCUAAGACGAGCACCCAGGCGUUGCGUUGUCAGCACUGUGGCUUUGAGGCGUCUCAGAAAUGGUUGAUCGCGAAGCACGUUAAAGCUGUCCAUGUAUGCCAGAAUGGUAAUCAGAGGAAGAAGAAGAAGAAGGGUGAGGAGGAGGAGGAGGUUGGCGGCUCCUUAGCAAUGAAACCAAAUGACCCAAUACCAAAAGUGAAGCCCAGGUUAACAAGAAGUGCAGUGAGGGAGAUGUGCUGGCUGACACAGGACUGCCUUUCUCUGCCAGGGAGAGAGUUCCUUGAUAAGUACUGCCAUCUGUCAGAUCCGCGAACAACACUCGAAGAGACUCAGCAGUUCCUGAUGAAAUCUGUCGCCGGGGUGACCGGCGACCAGAAAUGGACCAAGGCCCUGAAGACCGUUUUGUCGAAUGUCCCUCAAGACAUGAACGCUAACCCAAAGUCGGAUAACGUCAUCGCGGCGAACUUACCGGACCUCAACGUCCUGACCGUCAAGAACAAGAUAACCGUGGCUCAGAAUGGUGCCAAGUACGCCAAAAGAUUAAAAGUAAUGACACCGUCGGACAAUGAAACCAGUGCUCUUGAAAGUUCCCCGGACAAUGCCCCUCGCGUCGUCGACCAAAAUGGCUGUGAAUCAAAUUUGAGCGAGCGUAUGGCGUGUCCGCCAAAUGAAACCAAACGAAACAAGGACAUGUCGCUGCCCGCCCAGAGUGAGCCGUCUGAGUGCACUCACAUGCAGGAGAAUGGAGAGAGUCUGGAACUAAAGGGUGACCAGGAAAUGGAGGAGCAUGGAAAAACACCCGAGGGACCAACGCAACAGGGUGGGAUCGGUAUCUCCAGUGAGCUGAAGUUGUCAAACGAGAGUCGAGAGCAGACACCUGUUCAUAAAGUUACACCAAAAAGUAAGCGGCGAAGACGGAAAAGAACGGCAAGAUCCAAAAGGGCUGGUAAAAGGUCAUCAGGGCUGGCCUUAAAGAUAGUGUUGAAGAAGAAUCCGGUGAAGGAGAAGCAGUGGCUGUCACAAAGCUCUCUGUCUCCAUCAGGAAGUGGAACGGCGGGGGACUGCCCUAGACUGCCAUGCCCUCAUACAGCGUUGGAGGAGGCGGCGCAGAUUCUCCAGGACGUGCCAACAGUCAAAGCACACCAGGAGGAAUGGACCAAAGCUACCUACACUGACCUGGACGACCUCUCUGAAGCCAUAACUUCCAGUCCACGGUCGAAGCCAGGGGAAGGGCUCACCCCCGGACGCACCGCAAAGUCGCUGGGAACUCCCAGCCCGGACGGAACUGAAGCCCCUGCGCUCCAUUGCUCGCUGGCGACAAGUCGAGAGGCGCCCAGCAACGCAGAGAAGUCCCCGGAGCGUUCGGUAGCAGAAGUCGUCGAAAGCCGUUCGGCUAGUGUGGUGGGCACCGUGGUGGAGGCGUGUCCCGUGGUGGAGGUGUGUCCCGUGGUGGAGGCGUGUCCCGUGGUGGAGGUGUGUCCCGUGGUGGAGGCGUGUCCCCAGGUGGAAGCGUGUCCCCAGGUGGAGGCGUGUCCCGUGGUGGAGGCGUGUCCCGAGGACGCACGGCGCCCAACAUUGGCGCACAGCAUGGACCGCCGGGAUUCGGACGAUGGGAUGAGCUCAGCUGCCGAUGGAGUGGGUCCUUCCAGCGGUUCCACCAAGUCCUCACCAGUUUCCAUAUCUAUUAUUACGGCGCAGGGAGAGGUACACUCUGAAGAGGUAAUCCUCGUUCUCUCUGCAGAGUGCGGGGAACUGGGUGUCGCAGGGGCCAGAGAUGGAGAUCUGCCCGCUGGCUCCUGCCCGGAUCUCCUCAGCAACAUCCAACAGGGGCCCUCGCCAACCUCUGGGCAUCAGUGGCAGCUGCUCCCGAAACAUCUGGAGAGGACCCUGAAGUUAGUCGCCAUAAGUCCAUCUCAGCCGGUGAAGCGUCCUGCGGGGGACCAGCCCGUUGUGGUGCUGAAUCAUCCAGACGCCUGCAUUCCCGAGGUCGCCAGGAUCAUGGAGGUCAUCAACCGGUACAGAGGGGAGGUGCAGAAGGUCGUGCUGUCACGGAGAACUGCCAGUGCCCUCACCGCCGCGUGUGGCAAGGCGAGGGACCCGACGGACUCUGUGGCGUGCGCCAAAAGUGCCGUACAGGAGAGGUUCCUGUUGAAACUGAAACUUCGGCGGUUGAGCAGGAAGAAGUAUGAAGUGGUUGAUGCGGCCUCACCUGGUGGAGAGGAGGCGGCGGCGGCCACGUUCCGCUGCUGGUUUUGCGGCAGGCUCUUUGCAUGUCGGGAAAUGUGGACAGACCAUCGGCAGCGACAUCUGAUGGAGUGGAGAAAGCCAAACUGUGAAAACUCUUUAAAUGUCGUGCACACUGGAUGAAAAAGCAAACAUACGACUGGAAAAUUACUUUUGUAAUAUGACAAAAGAAUAAUGGAACCAGUCCUCCUUUUUUUUUUCUUCUUUCUUUUUUUUUUAAGUCUUAAAUCAAAUCCUUGUCGCGCCUUCUGGAAGGUUCAUUCUCAGGGUAAACUUUUACCCAUUGUCUCUCUGCCCGAUGGAGGCGCCCGACACAAACUCUUUGUACAUUAGUGAUUAUCUGUAAAGCCGCGAGAACGUGGCGUCGCUGAGUUAGUUCUUUUGUAUCGUUUGUAUACGCAAUAGUUUUAUUUAAGAGGAUUUCAGUACACUGUCAUAUGGAAUAUUUUAUAAAACACUGUAAUAUGUAUAUUUGCCAUACCAUCUGAACUCUAUGAAUCAGUUUAUGUACAGGUAGGCUCUACAGUGUGCUAGCUGUCGUAUUUGUUUUGGAACGGGACACAGAGACCCACAAAGUUAUUCAGAUAUACCAAAAACUGUGUUUCAGAUAAACAAAACCGAAAAAAAACCAAGAGAAAAAAAGACAUAAAUAAGUCAUAAAUAAAUGUUUUUAUUCAACAUUUAUUUAUGACUCUUAAGUUUAGCCUUUAUACGCUUUAUCUUUAUGGGUUUUUGCCUUUGGGCCACUGGAAGAAUCAGUUUCAUUGUAAAAAUAUAAAUGUUUAUAUACAUUUUCAAAUUAUGUUAGAAUAAUAGUUUAAGAGGUAUAUUUUAUCAAGCAGAUGUCCCUGAAGAUGCAAUUAAUUUAAAUGGAGAGGGAAAAAAAGAAUUAAACCUGUGCUUUUUGAGGCAGAAUCAGGCCUCAGUGAUCA